AGUGACGACGCCAGAAUGCCCAUAGUCAUUCCUGGAGAAGCGCACAUCGCCCGCCUCAUCGUGACGUUUUAUCACAGGGAAAACCUGCACGCCGG